AUGGUUUUACCACCAAACAUAAAAUAUCUCGUCUCUUUUCACAUUCGUCCCACAGAGCUGCUCGUCUCACUGCAUGCAGUAUUCGAAGGACCACGAGGUUUCGUCCGGAGUUCCCAUUCUUUCUUGCAGCUUCGCAAGCUGGGUGCGCCCAAGUACUUCGCCAAUGUCGAUCCUCACAGCCAGCCUUUGGCGCGCCACAAGAUCGUGUCAACGCAUGAACCUUCCGGUCGCAAGACGCUACAUGUUCGCAAUUACCUGCAUCAUAUCGAGAAAUCGGAUGGUACACCGCUACCGGAGGAAGAGAACGCGGCGCUGAUGGAGAAACUGAUAGGUCAUGUAACACGACCUGAGAACGUGCUCAGGCUGGGGUGGUACGACAACGGGGACCUGAUCGCAUGGGAUAACAUGUCGACACUGCAUCGUGCUACGGGAGGUAGCUACGAGGGCAAGUUCACGCGCGGCAUGCGCAGAACGACUGUGAAAGAUGAUAGCCCGGAGGGUUGGGGUGUCAACUCGACUGGAAAGGUUCUUGCAACUGACACCGUCAAUCUCUCGAGCCUGAACUAUCUCGCAAGGUAG